AAAUUCCGCAAAUCUUACAUCACUGAUAUGGCGGCAAGCUAGGUGCAGGUGACAAGAGUGACAGUCGAUCUUAUGUUGACGUCUCAUUUCCUGCAAAAUUUAGUCCGCAUAAAUGGAAGAUUAUCGUAUUCUUUCACUUUGUACUCUAUAAGUAUCGAAACUAUGUUUUUUCACAAACAUUUAAUAUGUAAUCCUCAAAGGAUAUAAACGAACAAGUGUCGUUCAACGAGAUAUUUAUAUUGAUAAAUGAGCAAAAAUGAGAACUAAGAAGAAGUUGAUGAUCGUCAAUAUAGUCUUGCUCAUUAUCUGCUGCCUUCUGGGGUACUUUCUUAUGGAGUUGAUACUUUCUCCACGUAGACAAGGGUCUGUUAACGAUAAUCAAUGGUUGCCCUUUGAGAACAGACUCGCCAAGUUAGAAAAAGAUUUUAAUAAGCAUCACGAAGUUGUAAAUGCAUUGAGAGAAGUGGCUGAGGCAAAGAAUUUCGUACCUAUAGAUAAAAUAUACAUUAAUCAUAAUACUCAGUCUGUGUCACCUGUAUUGCCUCAAAGCGGCAAAGUGCUUAAAUGUAACUUCAAUGUACAGAAGAUUCCUGAGGUGGAUAUCCAAAUGUUGGAUUUGUACAGACAAUUGGAGUUCGAUAAUGUAGACGGUGGCGUGUGGAAACAAGGAUGGGAGAUAACGUACGACGAGAAACAGUGGCAUCCAAAUAGAAAACUGAAGGUAUUCGUAGUCCCGCACUCUCACAACGAUCCUGGAUGGCUGAGCACCUUCGAAAAGUAUUACACGCUUCAGACACGGAACAUAUUAAAUAAUAUGGUAACAAAAUUGGCAGAGGAUAGAAGGCGAAAAUUUAUUUGGGCGGAGGUAUCGUUUUUUCAACUUUGGUGGGACGAGCAAUCUAAGACGACACAGAAUUUAGUUAGACGUUUAAUUCACGACGGUCAGUUGGAAAUAGUAGCGGGUGGAUGGGUGAUGCCGGACGAAUCAGUUUCCCAUUGGACAUCCCAGCUUGUUCAGCUCACCGAAGGUCAUCAAUGGCUAAAGUAUAAUUUAGAUUAUACGCCGAACUCGGGAUGGGCGAUAGAUCCCUUCGGCCUCUCCCCGACCAUGCCUUAUCUUCUAAAGAAGGCAGGUUUGGAGAACGUACUUAUACAAAGAGUUCAUUACUCCGUUAAAAAGAUAUUGGCCAGAACAAAGCAACUCGAGUUUCGUUGGAGGCAGUUGUGGGACAACGAUGGAUCGACGGAGAUCUUCACGCACGUAAUGCCGUUUUAUAGUUACGACGUUCCGCACACUUGCGGGCCGGAUCCGAAAAUCUGUUGCCAGUUCGAUUUCUACAGACUACAGAAUUUCGGACUUAGCUGCCCAUGGAGGAUAGCCCCGCGAACGAUAACCAAGGCAAACGUCGCGGAGAGAGCGGCUCUUCUAUUAGAUCAAUAUCGCAAGAAAGCUCAACUUUUUAAGACCGAUGUAGUGUUAGCUCCGCUGGGAGACGAUUUUAGAUAUACACAUUUCACCGAAUGGGACGCACAGUAUAAGAAUUAUCAAAGGCUCUUCGAUUACAUGAAUAAGAAUCAACAGAUGAACGUUCAAAUCAAAUUCGGAACGUUAAGCGAUUACUUCGACGCUAUCAGAGAGAAGCAUAACUUGAACGAGUUUCCUACAUUGUCUGGUGAUUUCUUCACUUACUCCGAUAGAGACGAUCACUAUUGGAGCGGGUAUUAUACAUCGAGACCUUUCCAUAAACGAUUAGAUCGCGUAUUGAUGAGUUUACUCAGAGCGUCGGAAAUAUUGUCUACCGUUGCGUGGACCAAAGGUAGUGAAAAUGUAGUGGAAGGUGCGCUUGCGGAACGAUUGAAUAAAGCGAGAAAAUGGCAUUCUCUAUUCCAACAUCACGAUGGUAUCACCGGAACUGCCAGAGACGAAGUUGUUAUAGAUUACGCUAAAAAGAUGAUAACGGCUUUAAACAAUUCCGCGCACGUGCUACAACAAUCGAUGGUGCAUUUAUUAAAGACUUCGCAAGAAGCUACGGUCGACGCCGAUACUUUAUACAUCUCGCUGGAUGAAUCAAGAUUGCGUCACACAAGCGCUGGAGACAAACACGUGUUGAUGUUGGGAGACGAGAAUCCCUUGAAAAAAGUUAUACUGUACAAUUCGAUACCGAGGCAGCGGACGAGAGUACAGACGCUGGUUGUGUCUACUCAGUAUGUUAAAGUGACAGAUCGUAUGGGACAACCAGUGCAAUGUCAGGUCUCACCGAUCUGGAUCGGACCUGCCGCUUUAACUGCCACGAGAUUCGAGUUGUCAUUCUUGGUAACUGUACCCGGGUUCGGCAUCACGACGUACAUAAUUCAUGCCCUGCCUAAAUCAUCGUUCCCGCAGGAAGUUCACGUUGCGAAUGUAACAGUAUACAAUACGGACAUAAAUCUUCCAAAACUGGCAGGUUUCAACGAGAUCCAAGUGAUACCGAACGCGCAAGAGUUCUCGAUUACGCAGCGAGCUGAGUUAUCCGCAUCAUUCGGGAAGCUGGGCCUUUUAAAAGCUUUAAGAGUCGGCAAUACGACGGUACCCGUUCAUUUAGAAUUCGUUAAAUACGGUACCAGAGGGUCUGGUAAAGAUAAAAGUGGGGCCUAUUUAUUUUUACCCGAUAAACCGGAACCGGACUUAGUACAAGCAGAUAACAAGUGCAUCAUACACUUAAUCAACGGACCCAUCGUGUCGAAAGUAUUCGUAGAGCUGGCGUAUAUACGCCACACUUGUACGUUGUACAAUUCUCCUGGUGCCGACGGACUCGGUUUACACAUAAAUAAUGAGAUUAACAUAUCGGAAACGCAGAAUUAUGAACUCGCCAUGAGACUCAGGACGGAUAUAGCUUCGGGCGAUCAAUUUUAUACCGACUUAAACGGGCUUAAUAUGAUUAAGCGUCAAAGGUUUCCGAAGCUACCUACGCAGGGGAACUAUUACCCGAUGGCAGCGAGCGCGUAUAUAGAAGAUAAGAAAAUUAGAUUGACCGCGGUCACGGCUCAACCGUUGGGUGUAAGUUCGAUGGCGCCUGGACAAAUUGAGAUCAUGCAGGACAGGAGAUUGCUUCAAGAUGAUAACAGAGGGCUUGGUCAAGGCGUCACCGAUAAUUUAUUAACGAAUCAUGUAUUCAUGCUCGUUAUUGAAAAACGAAGACCUUUCUGCGUGUCGUCGACGCCUUCGGCGAAUUAUCCGUCGGGAGUACUGUCGUUAUAUGGCCAUUUAGCGUCAGAAGAAUUGUUACAUCCUAUUAUAGCCAUGCAUCCGCGUAGCCCGUUACCUUUCAAUUUACACGCGUACUUCUCGCCACUUCGUUACGACUUCCCCGCGGAUUUGAGCAUCGUCAGCUUCCGAGUGUUCCUCGUGCCCGAAGGCGCCGGCAAAGGUAUUGGGAUGGUGCUACAUCAAGCAGCUUUAGACACGUGUUGGAAUGAUAAUUCUUAUUCACGUAACUUCAAUACCUCCGAAUCCGUAGAAGUCGAUUUAACAAAAAUCUUUAAUUACAUAAAUGACUGGGUUAUCAGUAAAGCUCCUCUCACAUUCCACAACGUAGGACCAUCGUUGAAAUCGCCUAUCGUUCAUUUGUGUCCGCAUCAAAUAUUGUCAAUUCUGUUCCAUAAAACGCGGUCUUAGGGCGCAGAAUCUUUGGUCUGUUCUUGGGCUCGUUUAAGUAAAUAUAGCUUUCUGUUCAUUAUUCUAGUAUCAACGGCCUUACUUAAAAUGAUGUAGUCCACCUGUUCCGAUGCCGGCGGGCUAGUUUUGUCCAUCUUGUAGCUGAAACAGUAUUAAACGAAUCUUUACCACGAUUCUCGUACUCUGUUUCCGUUGAUCCGCGCAAUUUUUGUUAGAAUCAUUCAAAUUAAUUCAGAUACUUAUCAAGUGUUUGAUACACUUAUAGACAAACUCGAAAUAUUAUUUAUUAUCGUAUAUACGGUGGAGUCCAUAAAUAUUCGUACACAUUUCGAAAUUGAAUGACUUUCUUAAUAUUGGAUUUAACAAAUUAAUUUCUUUGUAUGCUUAAAGAAUUAAAGAAAAUUGCUAGAGAUUUAGAAAGAGAAAAGUAAAGGGCACAAUAUUUACAUUUUAUUAAUCUUCAAUCGUUUAUGGUUCCUAAGAACGUCAACUAAUUUUAAUGACAUUUUAUACGUACAUAUAUCAUCUUUCGAUAUCCAAAAAGCAAUUUUGAAUUUUUAUUAGAG